GGCGUGACCAUUUCGGGCGUUGCAAAAACAAGUCCGAGUUGUUUGGCAGGACAGCACGCUUCUGCAGGCCGGUAAGCUGCUGAUUGAGACAUCUGAUAUGCUCUCAAUAUUCGAUCGACCUCGAUUGAUCGCCGAAGGCGCCAAACCGUCGGAUGGCGUGCCCGACAUGACCGUGAUCAGCGACAUCGACGUUCACGGCAUCAACACAAACUUGAAAGUUCGCUACAAGCACGACCGCAUAUAUACUUACACGGGCACCAUUCUCGUUGCAGUCAAUCCGUAUAAGGAUCUUGGAAUCUACGAGCAGGAACAAAUCGAGGCAUAUUCUGGAAGGAAAAUGGCUGAAGUUCCACCCCAUGUCUUUGCCACUGCUGAAGCGGCCUAUUACAAUCUCCAAAACACGACCAAGAACCAAUCUUGCGUUAUCAGCGGAGAGAGUGGAGCAGGAAAGACGGAGACGACCAAGUUCAUUUUGCAGUAUCUUUGUGCGGUGACAAGUAGCGAAACGAAAUGGGUUCAGCAACAGAUCGUGGAAGCCAACACAGUCUUGGAAGCUUUUGGUAAUGCAAAGACUAUCCGUAAUGACAACUCGAGUCGAUUUGGAAAGUUUAUUCAAGUCUGCUUCGACAAUCGAUUUAGCAUUUGUGGAUGCAUCAUUCAGGAUUAUCUACUGGAAAUGUCUCGAAUCACGUUUCAAGCCAAGGACGAACGAAACUACCAUGUCUUCUAUCAGUUGGUUGCUGGAGCAAUGAAAAAUCCUGAAUUAAAAGCAAAGUGGCAUCUUACGUUUGAGUAUAUCAACCAGAGUGGAUGCUAUACCCUCGAUGGUGUAGACGAUGUCGAAAUGUUUGACAGUCUGCGUCGAGCUCUUAUUGUCCUCAAUGUUGCCGAUGAUAUUUCCGAUGGCAUGUUUAGUGUCGUUGCAGCUGUCCUGUGGAUAGGAAAUUUUCAGUUUGAAGGGAUAGACGAUGGCGAGGCAUCUCAGCUUACAUCAAAAGACUAUGCAAUUGCAGAAAAGGUUGCAGACCUGCUUCGAAUCAAGCUUAAUGAUGUGAAAAAGGUUGCGACACACAGACAAAUUCUAGUGAGGGGACAAAUUACAGAAAUUCCCUUAAAGUUACACGAAGCAAGAGAGAAUCGACAUGCCAUGGCCAAAGCCCUGUAUUCUCGAACAUUUGCCUGGCUAGUUGGUCAAAUCAACAGCUGUACCAAUCCUGGAAAGGAGAGAAGUCGCUUCAUUGGAGUUCUUGAUAUAUUUGGUUUUGAGAACUUCCAGAUCAACAGCUUUGAGCAGCUCUGUAUCAACUACACAAAUGAAAAGUUACACAAGUUCUUCAACCACUAUGUGUUCUCACUUGAGCAACAAAUUUAUGCUGAUGAAGACAUCAAUUUUUCCCAUAUCAGUUUCACUGACAACACUGUAUGCCUGCAGCUAAUUGAAAAGCCACCCAAGUGUAUCCUCAAGAUGUUAGAUGAUGAAUGCCGGUUUCCAAAGGGAACAGAUACGUCGUAUAUUGAGAAGCAGAAUGCAGCUCUCAAGGCCCAUCCCAACUAUGUAAUGGCAGAUGAUAAGCGUCUCUGGCUUGUCCAGUUUGGAGUUGAACACUACGCAGGACCAGUCAUGUAUAAUGUAUACAACUUUCUUGACAAGAACAAGGAUGUUCAGCAAGAUCAACUCUUUGACUUCAUGAGAAAAUCAAAGGAUCCAUUUGUGAAGGACGUAACAAACUAUCAAGAUGUUUUGUCACGAAGUCUUGACAUGGCCAGGCAACAAUCAAAUGUCCUUAACAAACCAAGCACCAAGUCAAGCACCAAGGGAAAGCCAACAGUUGGUGACACAUUCCGGCAGCAGCUAAUUGCUCUUGUGGAUGUGUUGGCAAAAACCAAUCCUUGGUAUGUUCGAUGUUUGAAGCCCAAUCACAACAAAGCAGCAGAUGACUAUGAUGAUGACUUGAUCAUCACUCAACUUCGAUAUUCAGGAAUGCUGGAUAUUAUCAGGAUCAGAAGAGAGGGGUUUCCUGUUCAUGUACCAGCUGCAACAUUUCUUGACAAAUACAGAUGCCUUGCAGCUAAGGACCCCAAGCCGUUGCCAAAAGAUGAUAAGCAGGCCGUGGCCUACAUUCUUCGCUCACUGAAACUGCCAGAAACCGAGUGGCAAAUUGGCAAAACGAAAGUGUUUCUGAGAAACACGGUGUUUGAUCCGCUGGAGGAGAAAAGAAAGAUUCUCCUGCAUGAUACAAUUGUCUGUAUACAGAAAUACUGGAGACGAGCUCUCUAUAGAAGAAAGUUCAUUGCCAUGAGAGCUGCAUCAAUCAAAAUUCAAGCUUUCAUUCGCUGUCAGAUUCACAGGAUUAGAUUUGUUCGAAAACGAAGGGCAGCCAUAGUUAUUCAGUCGUAUCUGCGUGGAAUGUUUGCUCGUGAGUUUGUGGCUGAGCUGAGAAGGAAAAGACAACGAGAAGAAGAAGAACGACGGAGGAGAAUGAAAGCAGAAGAAGACAGGCGAAAACAGUUGGCAAUAGAGGAACAACGAAAACAAGAAACAUUGCGUCAGACAAAGGCAGUAGAAGACUCGUUUGAAGCUGCACAACGUGAGUUGUAUUCAUUGGCUCGUAUGGCUGAGAUAAAAUCAAGGAAAACUAAGAAAGCUACUGGUGAGGUUGAUCUUGAUGCUAUGUUUGAAUUCUUGCGAGAAAAGCCGCAGCCAGAUGGAGCACAUGAGCUGGCUUUCGUUGGCCAGAUUCAAACUGAGUUGGAUGCUAUGUUUCGAGAGUCUCAACCAAAAGCAGACGGAAGCCGAACAAUGAGACGCAAACGACGUAUACAAAAGAAACUAUUAGGUCUAGCAGAAGAGGAAGACAAGAAGGAAGAGGCAUUCAAUGCACAAGACUACAGCAUGGUUGCCUUUGCUGAGAAAUGGUUCAAUGACCAUCCAAAAGAUUCGGGAGGACUGGGGACGUUAACACUACGCAAGAGAUCCAAGUCUGGUCUAAAAGGGGAUACGAUGCCUAAAGAUGAGAUGGUUCGAUACACCAAAAACCCAAGUCUAGCCACAUCUCUGAUCCACAUGCAUGACCCUGAAAACGUCAACUUAGCUUGUAGCAUUUUCAAGGAUCUCUGUAAAUUCUUGCGUGGAGAUUUGAAACCUGACCAGAUCAAUUUGACUAUCCAAAGUAUCAUUGCCUAUGGCCUAGAACGGACUGAAUUACGUGACGAAAUUUAUUGUCAAAUCAUACGGCAACUGACUGGCAACCCGAAAUUGGAGCAAGUAGUGAGAGGAUGGCAUCUUCUGUGCCUAUGUGUAGUUGCCUUCCCACCUAACAAACCACUCAGUAAGUUUUUGCAAGCUUUCAUUCAACGUCACUUUGAAGAUCCUAAUGUGGAUCGGUACGCUGUCUGGUGCUUGAACACACUAAGAAUUACAAAAGCAACACAGCGUAAGAUGCCUCCAUCAAGCAUGGAGAUUGCGUGCGUUCGGAAUUUGAACAACCUUAUCUGUCGAUUCUACUUCCUUGAUGGAAAAGCCAAAGCAAUCGGAGUAGACCCUUCAGCUACGGGUGCAGAUGUUGUCAGAGUUCUUGCUGAUAAGAUAGAGCUGCAAAAUGUUGAUGGAUGGGCCCUGUAUGAGGUGAAUCCUGAGCGAGAAAGGUAUAUUCGCGGUGUUGAGUACAUUGCUGAUCUACUCGCUGUAUGGGAAAGGGAUAAACGUUCUUCAAUUCAAAUGACAAAGUACACGACUGUUUCAAAGAAGGGCCAUACUACUGCUAUGGGUGCUGGAGACAGCAAGUUUGUCUUCCGCAAACGCCUGUUUCGAAAUCCUAAAGAAAUUCCUCAAGAUCCCAUAGAGUAUCAUAUGAUCUAUGCUCAGGCUGUCCACAGUGUUGUGAGGGUUGACGAGUUCCCAGUAGAUGAACGUGUUGCUCUCCAGCUGGCUGGAUUUCAAUGCCAGGUUACCUGGGGAGACUAUGAUCCACAAAGUGAUACCAGGUACAGCGACAUAUUCACAUAUCUGCCAGAGAGAGUAAUUCAAGGACGGGACUACUCAGUGGCUGAUUGGAGCAGAGCUAUUGCUGCAGCACACAAGGAGUAUGGGAGUGGAAAAUCAAGCAUUCAAGCAAAAGUUUGGUACCUUACUUCUGUGAAAAACUUUCAACUGUAUGGAUCCACAUUCUUCUUCGUCAUCUACAAGGGUUUCUGGUCAUACCCUAACAAUCUCAUCUUGGCACUUGACCAUGCAGGUUUCAGGUUUGUCCAUGUCAGAACAAAAGCCAUCAUGGCAGAGUUUCCAUACUCCCGCCUCGAGUCAGUUGCUGUCGACGUACUAGAGCAAGCUGUCACCCUAAACAUGAAAACCAAAUCUCCUGAAGAGCAGAAAUAUUACACAUUCCAGACAGCUCAUAAAGAUGACAUUGCUGCACUCAUUGCUAGCUAUUCACCACAACACAGCAAUUUCCUUCGAGUUGGUGACCUGCGCCUUCGAAGAGGGAGAAUAACGGAGGAAGAGCGAAUGAAAGCAUGGAAUGAUGUCAGAUUUGCCAGAAAGAAUUUGGCUGAUCACAACUUGCUAAGACGGCCAGCAGAUAGCAGUGGUGGAUUUCUCACAACAACGCUAAGAAGGUAUAACAAAGCAAAACUGGAAAGACUCCAGAAAGAGAAAGAAGGAAAAGACUUUGAGAAGGUGUUCAAACAGAACUACUGGUCAUACUCAAAGAGCCGUCUAUCUCAGCCUCUCUCCGUGAUUGUUGGAGACGAGCUAGAAGAUUUAGCAUGCAGAAUGUUCUCAUCUCUUCAGAUCUAUGCAGGCAUUACCAGCUCAGGUGGAUUCGAAACGGAUGAUCCAAUGCAUGUUGGAAUGAUUCAGAUGGUCAUUUCAAAAUGUUUGGAGAAAGAAGUCCUUUGCAAUGAAUUUUACUUACAGCUGAUCAAACAGACAACAGACCAACCUGACCCAAACAGCAGAAUCAACAUUCAAAACUGGCGCAUUAUGGCAUUUACGUGUGGGGUCGUUGUACCACGGAGCAAGCAUCUUGUGGCUUAUUUGAUGGCACAUCUACGACGCUGCAGUCUUGAUACAAUGAGUGAAGAGGGUCAAUGGGCACAAUACUGUAUCCAGGCUGUCCAACGGACUCAGAUGAACAAGAACAGAAAGUAUCCACCAUCACGUCAAGAAGUUUUAUGUGUCAUGAACAAGCGCCCAAUUCAUGCUCGUUUCCAUUUCAUGGAUGGUCAGUUUAGAGCAUUAGAGUUUGAUCCAUCAGCAACAACAGAAGAGGUUGUAGAGAUGGUAAAAGACCGCAUUGGCCUUCGAUCUGAUGCAAGCGGAUUUUCCUUGUUUGAAGUCUUUGGUCAAUUGGAGAGAAAUAUGCUACCGCAGGAGAAGGUCGCUGAUGCCAUCUUUAAAUGGGAGAAAUAUGCGAAGAGCACCAACUCACACAAAUCUCUCAAACUCACAUUCAAGAAACGGCUAUUCCUUAAACCUUAUACCAACCCUACUGAUCGAGUAGAAUUUGACUUAGUUUUCCAUCAAGCCAUUGAUGAUGUGAUGAACGAUCGAUUCCCAGUCUCUUACGAGGAAGCAGUGUACUUGGCAGCCUUGCGAGCACACGUGGAGCUUGGAGAAUAUCAUGAACACCAGACAUGUGAUUACACUUCUAUUGUGACCCGAUGUCUCCCAAAACACAUGCAGCAGAGUGUCGAACCAGUCAAAAUUGCUCAGAAGCACAGAGACUUGAUUGGACGAAGCAAAGAUGAGUGCAACCACGCCUAUAUGGAAUUUGUCCGUCAAUGGUCUCUAUAUGGAUCUACUCUGUUUGAAGUGCUGCAAUCAUACACAUCAACUCUUCCAAAGAAUCUAUGGUUGGCCAUUGAUCAAGAUGGUAUUCAUAUACUGAAACGGAGGGAAAAGGAGGCUCUGGUUUCAUACACAUAUCGAAGCAUAGUAAACUAUAGUCCUUCCUUGAAGAAUCUCAUGAUUGUAACAGAAAGUUUGACCAAAGGAACAAAGUUUGUGUUCAACACGAGCCAGGCCUCUCAGAUUGCUCAUCUGAUACGAGAUUACACUCAUAUUAUCGUUGAAAAACAACGUCGAGCUAGUCAACAUAGCCAGAGUGGGCUUGUCCCCCCUACCCAGUAGGAUGGACGAAUUUUCAAUCAGAGCAGUGCUCUAUAAUGGAAUCAAAUGAUUUUCAAGUUGUCAUUUGCAUGAUCCUAGGAAUCUACAUAAUUUGUGUGGUCAAGACAGUUUAUAUUUUAGACGGGAUAAUUACUUAGGGUAUCGUUGUAAAUUUAAUGGUUUCAUUACUUUGCAAUUUGAAAUGAACUCACAGUGUUGCGACCUCUUGUGACACGUGA